GAGAGCGUGUGCGUGCACGGAGGAUGCCUCGGUGCUCAGGUGCAGCCAGCAGACGGGAGGAAGCGCUCAAGCAGACAGCAGGACCAGCACAUUCACCCAGACAGCAGGGCUCUUUGCUGGGCUUGGGGCUGGAGCUCCAGCCCCCCCUGGACCUAUAAUCCUGGCGCUUCAUGAAUGUACCAGUAAUUGAGCCAUUUUUAUACAUAAUUCUGCAGCGCGGCUACAGUUCAGACUAUGUCUAGUUCAUAAAUGUACAAACCGUCUUCUUUUCUUUGUAUUUUAUUGACUUAUUUUGCACUUCUGGGAGCAGCUGAGGGAACAGCAGAAGGUUUUAAGGAGGUGCAACAGAGGAGCAUGUCGUGUCUCAGUCCUGCCCCAAACUGGAUCGUAGCGUCUGCCCGGUGUGGAUAACUGCUGAGGACAGAAAAGGAACAAAAGAGAGGGGCACAUUUUGAAAAGGCAAGGAAGAAAAGUCCCUCUCCUCUCACACACCUGUGAGGGCUCCUCGUCUGACGAAAGCGCAGCCGAGAAGAGGAGGACAAAAAAACAAAAACAAAAAAGGAGCCGGGAAGAAAAAGAAAGCCAAAAGAAGACUUUGUCUCCAUCCCUCCUUUCCCACUGCCCACCUGUGUGGAUUAAUUGGGCCGGAGCAGCAUGGCGCACGCCGCCUCCCAGCUGAAGAAGAAGGCAGAUGAGAACCUCAACGCUGUAGAGGACGAGAAGGAGGCGAAGAAGAAGGCGAGGAGGAAAUUGCGUGAAGCCAAGAAAAAGACGGAUGUGAACGCCUCUUACCUGCGAGCAGCUCGAGCCGGAAAUCUGGAGAAAGCUUUGGACUACCUGAAGAACGGAGUGGACAUAAAUAUCUGUAAUCAGAAUGGCCUGAAUGCUCUCCAUCUGGCGUCUAAGGAGGGCCAUGUGGAAGUGGUGGCGGAGCUCAUCAAGCAGGGCGCCAACGUGGAUGCAUCUACAAAGAAAGGAAACACCGCCCUCCACAUCGCUUCCCUCGCCGGGCAGUCGGAUGUCGUGAAGGAGCUCGUCACAAACAGUGCAAACGUCAACGCACAGUCUCAGAAUGGCUUCACUCCACUGUAUAUGGCGGCGCAGGAGAAUCACAUGGAUGUGGUGCAGUUCUUACUCGACAACGGCUCCAGUCAGAGCAUCGCCACCGAGGAUGGCUUCACUCCGCUGGCGGUGGCGCUGCAGCAGGGCCACGACCAGGUGGUCUCCCUCCUACUGGAGAACGACACCAAGGGGAAGGUCCGCCUCCCGGCGCUGCACAUCGCUGCGCGCAAAGACGACACCAAGGCCGCCGCGCUCCUGCUCCAGAACGACCACAACGCAGACGUGGAGUCCAAGAUGAUGGUGAAUAGGACAACAGAGAGUGGGUUCACUCCUCUCCACAUCGCUGCUCACUAUGGCAACAUCAACGUAGCAACGCUGCUGCUCAACAGAGGGGCAGCUGUGGACUUCAAGGCGAGGAAUGACAUAACGCCCCUGCACGUAGCAUCCAAACGUGGGAACAGCAACAUGGUGCGGCUGCUGCUGGAGAGAGGGGGCAAGAUAGAUGCACGAACAAAGGAUGGUCUGACGCCCCUUCACUGCGGAGCCCGGAGCGGCCACGAGCAGGUGUUGGAGUUGCUCCUGGACAGAGGAGCACCCAUACUGUCCAAGACCAAGAACGGUCUGUCUCCUCUUCACAUGGCGACGCAGGGCGACCACCUCAACUGCGUCCAGCUGCUGCUGCACCACGACGUGCCCGUGGACGACGUGACCAACGAUUACCUGACGGCGCUGCACGUGGCGGCCCACUGUGGACACUACAAAGUGGCAAAGGUCAUCGUGGACAAGAAGGCUAACCCUAACGCAAAAGCACUGAAUGGUUUCACCCCCCUGCACAUUGCCUGCAAGAAAAACCGAGUUAAGGUGAUGGAGUUGCUUCUGAAGCACGGGGCGUCCAUACAGGCAGUCACAGAGUCUGGUCUGACACCGAUCCACGUCGCCGCAUUUAUGGGACAUGAGAACAUCGUCCACCAGCUCAUCCACCACGGCGCGUCACCCAACACAAGCAAUGUGAGGGGGGAAACAGCGCUCCACAUGGCCGCCAGGGCCGGGCAGUCGGAUGUGAUCCGAUAUUUGGUUCAAAACGGAGCACGAGUCGAUGCAAAGGCUAAGGAUGAUCAAACUCCGCUGCACAUUUCCAGUCGUCUCGGGAAGCAAGACAUCGUGCAGCUGCUGCUCUCCAACGGAGCGUGCCCGGAUGCCACGACGCACUCUGGAUACACACCUCUGCACCUGGCUGCCAGGGAGGGACACAGAGACGUGGCUGCCGCUCUGCUGGAGCACGGAGCAAGUCUGGACAUCACUACAAAGAAGGGCUUCACUCCUUUACACGUUGCAGCAAAGUACGGGAAGCUGGAGGUGGCGAACCUGCUGCUGCAGAAGAAAGCUCCACCUGAUGCAGCUGGGAAGAGUGGACUAACUCCACUGCAUGUGGCAGCUCACUAUGAUAAUCAGAAGGUGGCGCUGCUCCUGCUCAACCAGAGAGCUUCACCACAUUCUGCUGCCAAGAACGGCUACACGCCACUCCACAUUGCAGCCAAGAAGAAUCAGAUGGAGAUAACCACCACAUUGCUGGAGUACGGCGCCUCCACCAACACAGUCACGCGGCAGGGCAUCACUCCUCUCCACCUUGCAGCUCAGGAAGGAAACAUGGACAUCGUGACGCUGCUGCUGGCGCGGGACUCUCCAAUUAACAUGGGCAAUAAGUCUGGGCUGACUCCGCUCCAUCUGGCCGCACAAGAGGACAAAGUCAACGUUGCAGAGAUUUUAGUCAACCAGGGGGCUGUUAUCGACCCUGAGACCAAGCUGGGAUACACUCCUCUCCAUGUGGCCUGUCACUAUGGCAACGUAAAGAUGGUCAACUUCUUGCUGAAGAAUCAGGUGAAGGUCAACGCUAAGACCCGGAAUGGUUACACCCCUCUCCACCAAGCUGCACAGCAGGGACACACGCACAUCAUUAACUUACUGCUUGCGCAUGGAGCAUCACCCAACGAGCUCACCGCUAAUGGGAACAGUGCGCUGUCCAUCGCCAGGAGGCUGGGCUACAUCUCUGUGGUUGACACGCUCAAGGUGGUCACAGAGGAGACUCUGACCACUAAGACUGUGAUGGAGAAGCACAAGAUGAACGUCCCCGAGACCAUGAACGAGGUCCUGGACAUGUCUGACGACGACGUCCGUACAGCCAAUGUUCCUGAAAUGAUCACAGAGGACUAUUUUUCUGAUGUGGAAGAAGAAAUGGAUGUUGGAAAUAUCUGCAUCAGCUAUACCUGUGACGACGCGAUGACGGGGGACACAGACAAAUAUCUGGCCCCCCAGGACCUGCGGGAGCUGGGGGACGACUCGCUCCCUCAGGAGGGCUACAUGGGCUUCAGCGUGGGUGCACGCUCCCAGAGCCUGCGUUCCUUCAGUUCUGAUAGGUCCAACACGCUGAACCGGAGCUCGUUCACGCGGGACAGCAUGAUGAUAGAGGAGAUGCUGGCGCCCACCAAGGACAUGAUGCUCUGCAAGGAAAAGUCUUUCAUUGUAGAGCAACACAAUAAGCAUUUGUCGGUUGCUAAGGAUGCAGACGACUCGCUGAGGAGAUACAGCUGGACGUCAGAUGCACUGGAUAAUGUCAACCUCGUCUCCUCACCCAUCCACUCGGGUUUUUCCUCUCCGCUCCCGCAGUACGACAGCAGGUUCCUGGUCAGCUUCAUGGUGGACGCCAGGGGCGGCUCCAUGAGAGGAAGUCGUCACAACGGCAUGCGCAUCAUCAUCCCGCCCAGGAAGUGCACGGCGCCCACCAGGAUCACCUGCCGCCUGGUGAAAAGGCACAAGCUGGCGUCGCCCCCUCCGAUGGUGGAGGGCGAAGGCCUGGCCAGCAGACUGGUGGAGGUCGGCCCGGCGGGAGCCCAGUUCCUCGGGCCUGUGAUAGUGGAGAUCCCACAUUUUGGCUCAAUGCGGGGCCAGGAGAGAGAGCUGAUCCUGCUGCGCAGUGAGAACGGAGAAACCUGGAAGGAGCAUGUUUACGACAGCAAGACUGAAGACCUCAAUCAGCUCCUCAACGGGAUGGAUGAAGAGUUGGAGAGUCCCGCAGAGCUGGAAAGGAAGAGGAUCUGCCGCAUCAUCACAAAGGAUUUCCCACAGUACUUUGCAGUAGUGUCUCGUAUCAGGCAGGAGACCCAUCAGAUGGGCCCGGAGGGUGGGACUCUGCGCAGCCGCAGCGUGCCAUUGGUCCAGGCUUCCUUCCCCGAGGGGGCGUUGACCAAGAAGAUCAAGGUUGGGUUGCAAGCCCAACCCAUACCCGAUGACACUGUAAAGAAAAUCCUCGGUAACCGAGCAACCUUCAGCCCAAUCGUUACCGUGGAGCCCAGGAGAAGGAAGUUCCACAAGCCCAUCACCAUGACAAUCCCAGUCCCGCCCCUCUCGGGGGAGGGGCUUACCAACGGCUACAAAGGGGACAGUACUCCUUGCCUCCGCCUCCUCUGUAGCAUUACAGGUGGUACAUCACCAGCUCAGUGGGAGGACAUCACCGGCACAACUCCACUCACAUUCAUCAAUGACUGCGUCUCUUUCACCACAAACGUGUCCGCCAGAUUCUGGUUGGCAGACUGUCACCAGAUCCCGGAGACGGUGAGCUUAGCCACACAGCUCUACAGGGAACUGAUCUGCGUGCCCUACAUGGCCAAGUUUGUGGUGUUUGCCAAGAUGAACGACCCGGUCGAGUCCAGUCUGAGGUGCUUCUGCAUGACGGAUGACAAGGUGGACAAAACCCUGGAGCAGCAGGAGAACUUUGAGGAGGUGGCCAGGAGCAAAGACAUAGAGGUCCUGGAGGGCAGGCCCAUCCAUGUGGACUGCUAUGGAAACCUGACUCCUCUGACCAAAUCUGGUCAGCAGUUAGUUCUGAACUUCUACGCUUUCAAGGAAAACCGUUUGCCCUUCUGUGUCAAGGUGAGGGAUCCCAGUCAGGAGCCCUGUGGCCGCCUGACAUUCCUCAAAGAGUGUAAGAGCAUUAAAGGCCUCCCACAAACUGCCGUGUGCAACCUGAACAUCACACUUCCUGCGGUGAAAAAGGAAACCGACUCAGAUGCCGAGGACGAGACUGAAAAGCCAGAACGACGUCAUACCUUUGCAUCCCUAGCCUUACGUAAGCGCUACAGCUAUCUGGCCGAGCCUGCACUGAAAGCAGCAGUUGAGCGAAGCACAGCAGCAAGAGCGCUGCCUGCUGGUUACCCUCACAAACCUGUCUUUCCAACCAGACCUUACCCACCAUGGUCGACUGCUCCUAUUACCGUCCCUGGCCAAACAAGGCCCGCCGGAGUGGGGGGUCCCCUCAUCCCUGCCGAUUCACCGACAGGCUCACCCACUGCUUCUCCACUGAAGUCUACGUGGCCCCUCUCAGCCGCAUCACCUGCAACCCCCCCAUCUAUUAAAGUCAACCUGGGAGCUCCACCCGUCCUGUCAUCCCCAGUUAAAUCAAUCAGUGACAUAACCUCCUCAUCCCCCAUCAGGUCCUACAGGACUGUGCCUUCACCCAUUAAAACUGUCGUCGCGCAGGGUCAGUACCCGCUUCAGGGGUCUGCUAGCCUUCUGUCCUCUGGAAAUAAACCUGCAACAGACCCGGCUUCAAUCAAAAACCUGGCUUCAGUAUACGCGUCGAGAACUUCUCCUCUUCAUUCAGCAACCAGUGGUUCUUUAUCCGAGAGGUCUUCAGCUCCCUCUACGACUGCUUUGCCAAAAACGCAGUACAGCAUGUACAGUUCCAAUCUACCUUUUAAAACUGCCCCUGUGACCGAUGCAACUGCUGCUGCCCUUUCUGUUAGGAGCAUCUCCAGUUUGUCCUCCUUAAAAACGUCCGUUGACUCAACGCUGUCAUCCCGAGGAGGCAGGACGUCAGUGUCGUCUCUCUCCUCCACCGGCCAGACGACUAUUGCUCCCUCCGAGUUUUCCAUGAUGAACGGAUCGGCCUCGCCUGUUAGAUAUCCAUCCUCUUCCUCCACUCCAUCCUCCCCUUCUUCACGUCUCAUCUCAGAGAGGAGCAGCAGCCUUCAGGAGAGGAUCCAAGCCACUACCCAGGCAGCGACGUCUGUCGUCAGUGAAGCCAUAAAUGAAGUUAUGGACUCGUACUCCGUCUCAGGCUACGGCACACUCAAAUCGCUGGCUUCCUCCCAUAGAUCUGCAACAGCCAGCUCUGCUUAUGGCUCUCUGAGAUCUGCGGGAGCCCCCCCGAGCUCAACAGUCACAUCUAACACAAUGACCGUCCCUGUUUAUUCACUAGUCAACGUCAUCCCAGAGACCCCUGUCAAACCGGGCCCUGGGUCUCUGAAAAUGGCGCUUCCCGAUUCCCGUCAUACUUCAUCCUCAUCAUCUUCUUCUUUGUCUAACUGUGUUACAGCAACGAAAUUAAAGUCUCAGUUGAAAUCUCCUCCAUUUAUCACGCCGCCCAUCGUCCACCCAGCUCCGACGUCCAACCAGGAGAUACUCAAAGACGUAGCAGAAAUGAAAGAAGAUCUUAUCAGGAUGUCGGCUAUCUUACAGACGGACACUCAGACAGCAGCUAAAACUGUCCAGACAUCACUUACUGGUACUCCAAAAGAGAGUAAAUUAGAAGAUGAGGAGCCAUAUACUCUAGUGGAGAGGGUGAAGGAAGAUUUAGUCAAAGUCAGUGAGAUUUUACAGAAAGAUGCUGCAGGUGAAGGUAAGGACAGAGCAUCAGAGGAUGAGUGGGAGGAAUUUUCCAAAGAUGAGAUUGAGGAGGCACAAAGAAGUACCCUCCCAGACUAUUAUCCUCUUUUUGAUGAAAACACACUUUUCCACAAGCACCAGUCCAUGACAGGCAAAGAACUAGAUUUAGCUAAAGUAGUUGAUUUAUUAACAAACGAAAUGGGUGCUAGCUCUCUUUCCAAAAUGGCAGAGCUGAAAAGGAUGUAUGAGGAUGAGGUGAAAAGAGAAGGUGAGGAGAAACAGAAGCGAGUCCUCAGACCGUCUAUCUCUAUCCAGGAGAAUAAACUCAAGAUGCCGCCGCCGGUGUCAGGCAUGGUCAGGUCUCCCUCGGAGAAGGACCUCAGCAAGCUGGCUGAGUCGUACCAGGGGUCAGACACGAUCCUGGAAUCCCCCGAGGACCUGUCUCAUGAGCAGGACAAGAGUCCCCUGUCAGACAGCGGCUUUGAGACCCGGAGUGAAAAGACGCCCUCUGCUCCUCAAAGCGCCGAGAGCACAGGGCCGAAGCCUCUCUUCACAGAUUCCCCCAUCCCCCCUUGUGUCACUGAAACCAGGACCGAGGUGAUCCACAUCAGGAGUUUUGAGCAGCCUGAUGAUUUCUGCGAGCCUGGACUCAUGGAGGAGGCUUCGUGUGGCUUCGCUGCUUUAGAGCCGGACACGGCUUCGACAGCAGCCUUGCAGAUGAAGAUCCCAGAAGAUGACGCCAUGAUGAACAAAAGCAUGUGUCUUACAGAGGAAACGCAUGUUACCACUACUACGACAAUGGUUUACCACAAACCCCAACUGACUGACAGUGCAGAGAUGAUUGAGGAGGGUAUGUCAGUUAGGGAUAUCAUGAAAGCUUUCCAGUCAGGGAGGGACCCGUCUAAAGAGCUGGCAGGCCUUUUUGAACACAAAGCUAGCCAGGAUUCAGUCAAAGGCGACGAACUGACGCCUAUAUUCUUUGACAGGGAAGUUAAGUCCAAACCCAAAGUCGAGAGGAUAAUCGAGGUUCAUAUCGAAAAGGGCCACAGCACAGCCGAACCCACUGAGGUUAUUUUCAGAGAAACCAAGAAGCACCCCGAGCUUUACGUCUACAAAGGUGACCGCGGCAUCAAAGAACUGACUGAGUUUGAUGAGGCCCAACAGGAAGAGGAGGAGCUUACUGCCGAAGAAUCCUUGCCCUCCUUCCUGGAAACCUCUCGCGUUAACACCCCGGUAUCGCAGGAAGAGGACAGCCGCCCGAGUUCUGCCCAACUAAUGGCAGAUGAUUCCUAUAAAGCUCUAAAACUACUGAGCCAGCACUCCAUAGAGUAUUGCGACGAUGAGCUUUCGGAGGUUAGGGGAGAGUCCUAUAGGUUUGCGGAGAAAAUGCUUCUCUCAGAGAAGCUCGAUAUGUCGGCGCAGUCUUAUUCAGACACAGAGGAUCCGGCAGCAAUGGCCGGCAAAAAACGCCACCUAGUUUCUGAGGACACUGGUAGCACUGAAAGCCCCCAUCAGCAGCAAGGCAGCCCUAAAAGAGAGUCUUUCUCAAAGUCGUCAAAAGACGGGUCUCCCAAAUCAGGUAAAUUCCAAUACAGGGAAGAACCGUCCCAGUUCGACAAGGUGACAGUGCUCCAUUACUCCACAGAGCAGGGCAGCCCCAAACAUGCAGUCUGGAUGCGAUUUACAGAAGAUAAACACGACAGGAGCAGGGACAAGCUUCUUUAUGAGGACAGGGUCGAUCAAACUGUGAAGGAAGCCGAAGAAAAACUCAGUGAGGUGUCGCAGUUCUUCCGUGACAAAACAGAGAAGCUGAACGAUGAGCUGCAGUCCCCUGAGAAAAAGCCUGUUCGGCGAGAGCUGAAGGAGCCCAGAUCCUGGCCGGGCUCAGCCUGCACCAGUCCUGAGAAAACACAGCAGAAAUCCAAGGUUGCAGAUGAUGGGCUGAGUAAAAGUAAACUCAGGGAGCCGUCAGUCGGUAAAAUGUUUGGUAGCUCUACAGCAGCUGAUAAGAGAAGCUCAAGCUUACCAGGAAGUCCUCAGAAAAGCUCUUUCUCUUAUAGUGAGGAUAAAAUCAAACAGCAACUUAAGACGAGUGAGUCUGAACCCUCUUCUCCUGCUCACGUAAAAUCUACGUCGAAAGUUAGCGCUGUGAGGAUGAAAUUUGAAUCUGCGGCUCAGAAAUCAGGCCAGAAUCAAUCAAGUCCAACCAAAAUUCCUCCUCCAGUUCAACCAAAACCGUCUAUAAAGAAAUUACAGGAGAGCAAACUUCCUGUUUAUCAGUUUUUCACUGGAGGGAAUGGAUCAAAAGCAUCUGAAACAUUAGAAGAGGAAAGUCAGAAAAAAGAUGUUAGAAAGAACAUAGAUUCAAGUAAGUCCGCAGUCACAUCUACAUCGAAAACUCCCAAAGUAGACAAACUCCCCAAUAAAAAUUUAAUAGAGGCCUCUCAACAACUUGCUGAAGUUAAGAUGGAAAAAGCAGCAACUAAAGGUAAAGAUAGUCACGCCAGUGUUACUCAGGAUAUGAAGGAAAGCAAUAAAGGUCAGAAAGUUCAGACACCUCCGGUCCAUGCUGCCGAAACUAAAAUUUACCAACAGACCGCAAAAAGUGUUACUCCUUCCAAAGAAAUCAAGGCUGAGCUGCCUAAAAAAGAUGCAGAAGAACCGCUAAACAAAAACCUCAGAAAAAAGACGGAAUCUCAGAUUCCUGUUAGAACGUCCCCUUCUUUAGACAAUGAUCUCAAAAAGAAACAAACAAUUAUUAAACCCUCGCAGAUACCCACACUUUCCAAAACGAAAAGUCUUGAGAUAGCCCCGGCCAAAACAGAUUUAACCUUUGAAAUUCUAGAUAAUGCGCCCAAAGAUUCCAACUCCAACAACCUUCCAAGCCCUAGAGAGGUGCUGGAGAAAGUCGUAGCCCCUCCAGCCGCUGUAACAACCAAAGAAAACUUCAAGGGUAUCAAAACAUUACCAGUUUAUGUCCAGGUGGGUAGGCAGGCUGAAAGAGAAGCAAAGGGAGCGCUCUACACAGUCAAACAGAACUCCAACUCUGCACUCAGCCCCAUAAGCCCAGACGAUGACACACUGGAGCAGGUAUCCUUCAUUGACAGUUCAGUUAAAAGCCCCAUCACACCAGAUACCCCCAGCUCCGAGGAGGUCAGCUACGACCUCACAUGCAGGACUCCUGAUGGCUUCAUGGAGUUCAUAUCAGGGAAACCGAGCCCCAUCAUGGAGGUCUCUGAGGAAUUAGAGGAAGAUGAACAAGGCAGGAAGGUUUUCUUCUUUAAAGAAGCCCCACCGGAGAGCAAAACUGGCCAUAGUGUUAUGCAAGAAGACUUUGUAAAUGCAAAUCAAGAAGAAACCAACAUUUUUGAUAAUCAACAGGAAUUCAUUGCUAAUUUCCACCAGCAUGAAACAGUAGUUAGCAGCAUACAUGAUGAGAUAACAGGACUGGAGCAACAAGAAGUCUCAAAGGAUAAGGGUGUAGCAUAUAUCGAGUUCCCUCCCCCUCCCCCCCUGGACUCAGGUUCAGAAAUGUCAGACCCAGAGAGAAAGGGGUCCUGUGCCUCUUCAGAGGCCGAGACUGAAAUGAUGGAGGUGAACCUGCAGGAGGAGCAUGACAGGCAUCUGCUCGUAGAGCCGAUCAUACGCAUACAGCCCCCUUCCCCAGUGCUUCCCGGGAGUGAUGACAGUCGGUCAAAUGGUGAAGAUGAAGAAGAGGACGAUGAGUCAAUCUUCCAACCAAUUCGUUGUAAAAAGUUCUCUUUCAAAGCUCCUGGGGAGGAGGAGAAGAAGGGCGACCAGGAAAAGACUUCUAAAUCCAAAAAGCAGGACAAAAAUGGAAACAACAAAGAGCUCAAUGGUGGGACCAAUGGCUCCAAUGGUUCUACCAAUGGUUUCAAUGGUUCUAAUGGUUCUAAUGACAAAGGAGACGACUACGAUUGUGAACAAAAUGGAAAUGACCAGUCUAUCACAGACUGUUCGAUUGCCACAACGGCGGAAUUUUCUCACGACACAGACGCAACAGAGAUUGACUCUCUGGAUGGAUAUGAGCUUCAGGAUGAGGACGACGGCCUUUGUGAGCAGGCAGAUCUGCGGCUGUUUGGUCUUCCAGACAGCAGAAAAGACGUCUGGUCAACAGACACAUUCAGGUCACCUGACCGCACCUUUCCCCAGACAAAACUGGAAGUUAUCGAAGAAGAGAAAACUCCGGAGGAACUUCAAAAGGACACUUUGAAAAGUGAUACCCCCUCAAACGGGGGAACACCUGAGGGGAUUAGUAAAGAUAAAUCCAACACUGAAGAACAAAAUCAAUCAGAUAAAGAGGGCUUUUCAGACACUUACUUUAGUUAUAAGUUAGAUGAAGAGUUUAACUCGCCAUUUAAGACUGUUGCCACCAAAGGGCUGGACUUUGAUCCCUGGCCCUCUAAAGGUGGCGAAGGAGAAAUCGUUGACAUGGGAGGGGCACGGGAAAGCAAUGGUGAGCCUAAGCCUUUCGGACUGGCGGUCGACGACCAGUCUCAGGCCACAACAACAGACACCACCCCGGCCCGAACUCCGACGGACGAUAGCACGCCGACGAGCGAGCAAAACCCAUUCCCCUUCCAUGAAGGGAAGAUGUUUGAGAUGACACGCAGUGGUGCGAUUGACAUGAGCAAGAGAGACAUGGUGGAGGAGAGGCUGCAGUUUUUUCAGAUUGGCCCUCAGAGCCCCUGUGAGAGAACAGACGUUCGGAUGGCAAUAGUAGCUGACCAUCUCGGCCUCAGCUGGACCGAGCUGGCCAGGGAGAUGGAUUUCUCUGUGGAUGAGAUCAACUUCAUCAGAGUGGAAAACCCCAACUCCCUGACAGCACAGAGCUUCAUGCUCCUAAAGAAAUGGGUGCACAGGGAUGGUAAAAAUGCCACAACGGACGCUUUAACGGCGGUGCUGACUAAGAUCAAUCGGUUGGAUAUUGUGACUUUGCUGGAAGGGCCCAUAUUUGACUACGCAAUGGUAGCUAAGCUGCUUAGCAGUCCCACGCUCCCCGCGUAUCCUCAAACGCCUCAGCCUUCUUUCCUCCGAUCCAGCGCUUUCCUCUCCUGCUCGCCCUCCUACUCCAGCCAGCUCACCCCUCUCUCCCGCCAGUCGCCUGCCUUCCCCUUCCCCUCGCCCCCUUCCACGCCCCCCGUCUACCUCAUGCCUGUGGCCCCCGUCCUCCCUCACUUCUUCACCCUGCCGUACUCCCCUCCUCUCCCCCCCUCCCCUAGAAGUGCUUUCAGCUGCUCCUCCUUCUUCUUCCCUCCCAGCUUCUCUUCCUCCGCCGUCGGUCUGCCGCUGUCGCCUCGCGCCUCCUCCCUCCCUCCCGGCUCUGCCCCCCCCACCCCUGCUUGGUCCGCUCCCACUCCUCCUCCUGAUCCUUUGUGCGUCUCUUCUUCAACAUGUGCCUCCUCUCCUCCUUCACAUCCUCCGCCACCUCUUCCCGUUUCCUCCCCUCCUCCUUGGGCUCCCCCCUCUCCUCCCUCCUCCCCUCUCCCCCCUGGUGUCCCCUCACACUUCAGGCGUGAUCGCUCCGUCCCCGAGGUUCAUAUUUAGGUGUCCGUGUCCCUGCCGCUCUCUGGCAUUUGCUUGAAUCCGGCCGAGGAUCACAGCAAGCUGAAGCUUUGGCUUGUUGUAAGCGGCCGAAACCAAACUCCUACUUCUCAGUUUUACUCAGAUCUGCAUGUUUACGGGCCUGAAGUUAAGUGCUUUGAUCCGGCUGACUUGGGUUCAAGUUGUUUAGCGUAACCCAGAUUAUGUCCAGUUUCUAGCUGAUAUUUCAGAGUUUAUCUUUGAUUUCUUUGUCUCCAUCUUUGUGCUGUUGUUGUGUCUACUGUAGGGCUGGUUCAGAGGUCACAAGAACCCCCAGACUUAAAAAGAUGUGAAGCCACCUUUAAACCAUGCGAACAGAGCGAGGCUAACGUGUCCCAGGACUCAUUCAUGUAAAGCUACAUCCAGUCCAGUGUGUCCUCCCCGUUCAGCUUUGAUCUUUUAAAAACUCCUGAGGAGGAGAUCAAACUCUUGGGCUGCUGAAUCCUCCGCUACACUUACCAGCAAGCAGUAUGAAGAGUUUUAGCAGUUUUUAGCUUUUUCCUUUUCCUUCUGUGACAUGUGUGCAGAUAAAAAAGGGCCGCAGGACUGCAAAUCCCAAAUCCACACCAAAGACGGUCCUCACUCUUUCAUGAUGAGAGACAUUUGCACGUUCCCCCACUAGUGGGUAGUUCAGCACUUCUCAGCCUCAGCAGAGAUGUGGAGCUGUCUUGCAGUUUACAUCAGCAGACAAAGCAGAGCAGGGCAUUUUUGUGGAGGAGAGGCCCGAUAAAAUCAGGAGGAAGACUAAAGUAUGUCGGGGGGAAAGUGACGAGGGCCAUUUCUUAGCUCCUACCUGCAGAACAUGGUCAGGCGUAGAUGAAGCACUGCUCCAGUUCAAUAGUCUGCAUCAGACCAGAGAUCCUCCAGAUGUGUUCUCGCUAGGAAUGGGCGAUAUUUUACCGUUCACGAUAAACUGUCAAAAAAAUUCCUCACGAUAAGAAUUUGUUAUGUCGCGUAAAAACGAUAAAUUUGCGUCGAUGAUGUUUUUGUGUAAAGCCUGAAUUAUGGUUCUGCGUUAAAUCCACGCACAAGGAAGGAAGGAAGGAAGGAAGGAAGGAAGGAAGGAAGGAAGGAAGGAAGGAAGGAAGGAAGGAAGGAAGGAAGGAAGGAAGGAAGGAAGGAAGGAAGGAAGGAAGGAAGGAAGGAAGGAAGGAAGGAAGGAAGGAAGGAAGGAAAGAAAGAAAGGGGAAAAGGAAGGAAUGGAGAAAAGAAGGAAGGAAGGGAGAAAAGAGGAAGGGAAGAAGGAAGGAGAGAGCAGGAGGAACGAAGGAAGGAAGGAAGGAAGGAAGGAAGGAAGGAAGGAAGGAAGGAAGGAAGGAAGGAAGGAAGGAAGGAAGGAAGGAAGGAAGGGAAAAAAGAAGGAAGGAAAUGAGCCAGAAAGAAAGAAAGAAAGAAAGAAAGAAAGAAAGAAAGAAAGAAAGAAAGAAAGAAAGAAAGAAAGAAAGAAAGAAAGAAAGAAAGAAAGAAAGAAAGAAAGAAAGAAAGAAAGAAAGAAAGAAAGAAAGAAAGAAAGAAAGAAAGAAAGAAGGGUACAUUCCCGUUGAUGAGGUUUUUGUUUAAUAAACAUGGCGGAUCUGAGAGCGAGAUAGAUUUAUAGUUACAAAGAUGGAGUUGAAUUGGUAUUUUUUUAAUCGUCAUUUUUAUCAUUAUCGGGAUAAAUGCCAGAAAUUAUCGUGAUACUUUUUUUAGUCCAUACCGCCCAUCCCUAGGUCUCGCUCCAUCCGUUUUAUCAAAGAGGCACUAAGAUAGAGUGCUGGUGGAUAAAUACGGGGAUUUCAGCAGCACAGCAGCUAAAGGUCUGUGUUCCUCAGAAGUUAAUUGAGACCAAAUAAAGCUGGAAGGAGAGUGGCACUUUAAUCCAUCAAGCGCCCAUAAAAGCAACUCAAUGACUGUUGCUUUGUUGGAUGUGAAAACAACAAAAACAACUAUUCAGUUCAGCAGAAUAGUUUAAUAACAUGGCAAUCUUCCAGACCUCUGAAAGAUUCAAACCAAACAUAAUGAAAAGAGUAUCUGGGUUUUACGCUAAAUCAGAGGAUGUCGAGGGGUUGUGUAGAACGUAAACAGGGGAGGGAAAAAAAGUUAUUCCUGCAUUUACCUUGGCUUUAAUUUCCGUUUAAACCCCCAAAUCCUUCCUGCUUCAUCUUAUGUAUACAUAUAUAUAUAAUAUUAUUAAUAUACAUGCAUUUCUGCAUUUAAGGCCUACAAAACCCCAAAAAUGUAUUUUUGAAAGCUGCAUUUGUUGUUAAAUAUAAAUGUUUCCACAUUUAAGCUUCUGAAUGCUCCAUUUUUGUCUUCGGUCCGGAGCAACGUGCAUAUUGGAGUCAGUCCAGAGACGUAAAUGACAACAUAAAGAUUGUCUUUUGCACAGUUUGACGCUGUAUUUGUGAGCUUAAUCCCCAUUUUACGGGCUCGUCCAUGUGGUUGUACCAGUUAUUACUGAAUAACACUUCCAGGGGCUUUUAAACAGAUUGUUUUGAAAUAUUUUCUCACACAUUUAUUGCAAAUUUAAGUAAUUAUAAUCACUUGUUAGUAUUAAUAUUAUUCUGAUUUUAUUUUACAUCAUUAUUGGCCCUAAAUUGCAUCCCAACUAUUGCUGUAAAUGUUUUGCAGGUCUAAAAUGCAGGAUGUAUAAUUUAACAAAUAAGAUAAAAUCAACCAAGUAAAAAAUGAAAUAUCUGGACUUCAUAUUGUCUGCAAAGAAAAACAUGUCAAAGUAAAUGCAAGAAUCUAUUUUUUCUUUUUUAAAUAAGUUUAAUUUUCCAUAACAUCACUUUUUUUCUGACUUGGGGUUCUAGCUGUGACUUUUGAACGAAAGCUCCCCCCUAAAUGUUUCUCAUUUCAUCACCUCCACCACCUUUCAUCAUCCUCUCUCUUCCACCUCUCCCUCCUCCAUCGCUCCUCUAAUCCUUUCCUCGUGCCAUCC